AUGAACAUGCUAAAUGUUCCGACAUGGCCUAGACAAGGUACAGGUGUUCCGCGACUUGUGAAUCCAGCACAAACAUGGAACAACAUUGCUGCAAACAAAGUUAACAACGGAGGCACCAAAAAAACAAAGCGUGUGAGAACAGCAUUCACUAGCAACCAAAUGGCGGAACUAGAGCAAGAAUACACUCGCACAAAAUACCUAGACCGGGCACGUCACUUGGAGCUGGCGGAAAUUUUACAGCUCAACAAGAGAACUAUAAAAAUAUGGUUCCAGAAUAAGAAUGAAAGAGAAAAAGAUUAUGACGGAUCACUUAGAAGAGUCUGA